AUGGCUGAACCAAGAUCUACUCCUCUCCGCCUGGGUUCCAUCGCGCCCAAUUUCCACGCCGAGACGACCCAGGGCCCAAUUGACUUCCACGAAUUCAUCGGCGACCAGUGGGUGGUGCUCUUCUCCCACCCCGAGGACUACACACCCGUGUGCACCACCGAGCUGGGGGCCUUCGCGAAGCUUGAGCCCGAGUUCACCAAGCGUGGCGUCAAGCUGAUCGGCCUGUCGGCCAACACCGUCGAGAGCCACGGAGGGUGGAUCAAGGACAUUGACGAGAUCUCGGGCAGCAAGCUGAGUUUCCCCAUUAUUGGUGACAAGCAGCGCCAGGUGGCGUACGCCUACGACAUGCUCGACCACCAAGACACCACGAACGUCGAUGCCAAGGGUAUCGCCUUCACCAUCCGCUCUGUCUUCAUUAUCGACCCCAAGAAGACGAUCCGGCUCAUCCUCUCCUACCCGGCCUCGACGGGCCGCAACACGGCCGAGGUCCUGCGCGUCGUCGACUCCCUGCAGACCGGCGACAAGUACCGCAUCACCACCCCGAUUAACUGGAUCCCCGGCGAUGACGUCAUCGUCCACCCCAGUGUCAAGAACGACGAGGCCAAGACGCUCUUCCCGGACUUCCGGAUCGUCAAGCCGUACCUCCGCUUCACUCCUCUGCCUAAGGAGAAGACGACUGCUGUGUAG